GCAGCAGUGUUGGAGGGAAUGGGGUGAGCGGUUAAUUUUAAUUAAGUGGUGGUGUGUUGUUUUGUUAGUACUGGUAGCUUGACGAGGAAGUGUGCGCGAUCAAGUGCGUAGGUUAAGCGAAUCUUCUCUUCUCUAUUUACAAAAAGAUGGAUAAAAAUAAAUCAAUAAAAAAAGGCGCACGUUAAGCCAGUAGUAGAUGUAAAUACAAAGAAAAAACAAAAACAGACCUUUAAAAAAAUUAAAAAAAAAAAAAAAGAAGAAGAAGAAGAAGAAGAAGAAGAAGAAGAAGGAAAUUUGUUUUGGAAUCGUUAAUGAUCGAUGUCGAAGAUGAAACAUCUACUAAGAAAAUUACAUAUCGGCGGCGGAAUCAAUGACCACCAGCGAUUAGCGGAGACGACGGCGGCGACUACUGCUACUCGACCGGUUGUUAACCCUAGCGCCGCGGCAUCUUCUUCAAUUGCGGCGGUUGAAUCAUCAUCAUCAUCAUCAUCGCCGCCGCUAGCCGUGGUGGAUGGGAGUAGUAUUAGCAGUAGCGGUGGUGGUGCUGCGGAUUUUAGUUUAUUAGAAGAGGAGUUUCAGGUACAAUUAGCUUUGGCAAUUAGUGUUUCGGAUCCGGAUAUGCGUACGGAUCCUGAAUCUGCUCAGAUCGACGCAGCUAAGAGGAUUAGCCUUGGUUGCCCUGUGUCUUCAGUUUCUGUUAGCGAUGCUGUUAAUCAGUCUCUCUCGCUGCGUUAUUGGAGCUAUAAUGUUGUAAAUUAUAAUGACAAGGUGAUGGAUGGCUUUUAUGAUGUGUAUUGCAUUUCCUCAAAUUCUGUCAUCCAAGGGAAGAUGCCAUUAUUAGUGGAUCUACAAGCAAUAUCCAUUUUGGAUAAUGUUGAUUAUGAAGUGGUAUUGGUAAACCGCUUUAUGGAUCCCGAAUUGCGAGAGCUUGAGAGAAAAGCUUAUAUCAUGUCCCUGGAGCAACGAGUCUCUGACGGCUUGCCUUUAAAUGGAUUAAUUCAGAAACUGGCUGAUCUUGUUGUUGAUAGAAUGGGCGGUCCAGUUGGUGAUGCUGAUGAGAUAUCGACAAGGUGGACCAAGAGAAGUUAUGAGUUACGGAAUGCUCUGAAUUCCAUUGUUAUUCCCCUUGGACGUCUUGAUGUAGGACUUUCACGCCAUAGGGCUUUGCUUUUUAAGGUGCUAGCUGAUAGAAUUAAUCUUCCAUGCAUGCUGGUUAAGGGGAGUUACUACACUGGUACUGAUGAUGGAGCUGUAAAUCUGAUUAGGAUUGAUAAUGAAAGUGAGUAUAUCAUUGAUCUGAUGGGUGCUCCUGGAACACUGAUUCCCGCUGAGUUACCCAGCAGCCAUCUCUUAAACACUGGAUUUGAUGCGAGGGGCUUUGCUGAUCUUACUGAAACAGCCAAACGUUCUUCUUUGUUACUUGGUGAAGAAUCUAGGGAUAUAGCAGUUUCACCUCAUCUGAAUAGAGUUUACCAUCUCGGAGCCUCAAGGACUGAAGAGGAUUUGUUUCUAGGCAUUAAAACAAAUGAAGCUCACACAAGCCUAGUUGAGAAAAACCAAAUUGAGACAUUUGAACAGGAGUUUGCUAAGUUUUUCCCAUCAUCUCACAAACCACAUCAUAACUCAUUAGGUACUGGAAGGCCAUCAUUGGCAGAAAACAUUAAAGUAAAAAAUGUCUCUAAGUAUGUUAUCUCUGCUGCAAAAGAUCCUGAAUUUGCGCAGAAAUUACAUGCUGUUCUGUUAGAGAGUGGUGCAUCACCACCUCCAGAUUUAUUUUCAGAUACAAACCAGCAGGUCAUGGGUGAAGGGAAGGCUCUUGAACAAAUUUAUCUGAAAAAUGGCGUAAAUCCAGGUGAUGGACGUUAUUGUCAUUUGGGUAAGUCAUUGGCAAGGCAUAUGCAGUCCCAUGAAUCCUUGACUACUGAGGAUGCACUUAACAAUGGUAGAUGUAAUGCUGAGCAAGGAUGGACUGCUGACAGGACAGCUAAACAACAGAGAGAAAUGGAAGUGGAGUUCCUGAAAUCUAAAGCGUUUUUGUCCUCUGAUGCGUCAAGUGACGGACCUUUACUUGUUGAGAAUAGAAUCAAACAAGAAUUGCAGAUAGGUGCUAUAGGUGCAGAUACUAUUCAUAAUGAUCCACUAGUAAUGGUUGGAAGGCCGAUGCAUGGGAAUCAAAUUCAUGAACCUUCUUUACCAUCAGCAGUUGACUCUUGUCAGUUGCAAUCUGAAGAUGCCUUGGACUGUGAUGAUGAUAACCGAUGCUUCCAAGAGAAGCUGGGGAGAAACUUUAACAUGGAAACAGGCAAAGAAUCUGCUAUGAAGUUGAUCGGAACGUCCAACAGUGCUCUGCAUAUUUCUUGCAAUGGUUACAGUGAGAAAAUUCACCCAAUGCUGGGGGAGGUUGCUGAAUGGGAAAUCCCAUGGGAGGAUUUGCAGAUUGGUGAACGUAUUGGUAUAGGUUCAUAUGGUGAGGUGUACCAUGCAGAUUGGAAUGGCACUGAAGUUGCUGUAAAGAAAUUUUUAGAUCAAGAUUUAUCUGGAGAUGCAUUGGUUCAGUUCAAAUGUGAAGCUGAAAUCAUGUUAAGAUUAAGACAUCCUAAUGUUGUUCUGUUCAUGGGAGCAGUUACUCGGCCCCCACACCUGUCAAUACUGACAGAAUUCUUGCCCAGAGGGAGUCUAUAUAGGUUACUGCAUCGUCCUAAUCCACAAAUUGAUGAAAAGAGGCGAAUGCGGAUGGCUCUUGAUGUGGCCAAGGGAAUGAAUUACUUGCACACAAGCCAUCCUCCCAUCGUGCAUCGGGAUUUAAAGUCUCCAAAUCUCCUUGUUGACAAAAAUUGGGUUGUUAAGGUCUGCGAUUUUGGAUUGUCGCGCUUGAAGCACCAUACUUUCCUGUCUUCAAAGUCUACUGCUGGAACGCCUGAAUGGAUGGCACCAGAAGUCCUAAGGAAUGAACCAGCAAAUGAGAAAUGUGAUGUAUACAGUUUUGGUAUGAUCUUAUGGGAGUUGGCCACCUGUCAAAUCCCUUGGAAAGGCUUGAACCCGAUGCAGGUUGUGGGAGCUGUGGGAUUCCAGAAUAAACGGCUUGAGAUUCCAGAGGACGUUGAUCCAGCAAUUGCUGAGAUAAUAAAUGAUUGUUGGCAAAGGGAGCCAGACUUGCGGCCCUCUUUUUCACAACUUAUAUCACAGCUACGUCACAUUCAACGUUUACGUGUUGAAAGAUCAUAGCAUACAAAUCAAACAACAGAGUGACCGGAUCAGUGCUACUGCAGUUUAAGUUGGUUCUCUGCUCGAAGAGCUGGAGCAACCACAUAAGUCUCUUUUCUAUUUGAUGCAAAGUAAGAGAAUUACUGGACGGCGAUGUGUUGGUUCAAUCAAAGUGGGGACUAAGCACAAGACCGUCAGUUCAGCAGAGCGGAAAUCCUCAUUAUAAAACUGCACAAGUGCAGUGGAGGAUAUCAUUGGAAAGUUGCUUUUAGUAGCAUAAAUAAUUAGUAUCAUUAAUCUUACUUGUAAGAAAUCCUAAAAAAAGGAAAGUGAAAAAGAAAAAGAAAAAGAAAGAGAAAGAGAAAAUAAUUUUUCAAUUUAAUUUUCUUCUUCUGUGGAGGUCUUGUUUGGGUAAGCAAUCCCAACUCCGGAAUUGUAUACAUGUGAUCCCUGCAGGUCAUUGUGGAAAAGUAAAAAAAGAGAAGAAAAAAGAAACCAAAAAAAAAAAAAAAAAACAAGUGAAGAAUUAUCUUGAUAAAGUGUUUAUAUUUAUCUGAUAUUUUGCUUCUUUUCUUUUGGCAGAUUUUUGCAUUUGUUCUGAAAUCUUGUAAUAAUUAACUGUGAAUUCCAGUGUGGAUUAUUGUA